AUGCAGGCUAAUAAGAAAAAUAGCGAGGAUAUCAAGACCUGCCAGAAGAAAGGAAAGACCAUUCUUCUAUCUAUUGGCGGAGCGACAUACAGUGAAGGUGGCUUCCGUUCUGCCGAGGAUGCCGUCGCUGGCGCCAACCUGUUGUGGGAUACAUUUGGACCGGUAAAGUCGUCGAACUCCUCCGUUCUUCGCCCGUUUGACGAUGCAGUGAUCGAUGGAUUUGACCUCGACUUUGAAGCCACCGUAUUGAACAUGGUCCCUUUUGCCAAGCAGCUUCGCACUUUGUAUGAUGCUGAGAAAUCCAAGACCUUCUACCUGACUGCUGCUCCUCAAUGCCCUUACCCAGAUCUCUAUAAUAAGGAGAUGCUAGAAGGAGGUGUCAAAUUCGAUGCGCUCUUCAUUCAGUUCUACAACAAUUUCUGCGGCCUCAAUAACUUCGUCCUCGGCUCCCAGUCACAAGACAAGUUUAACUUCGCGGAAUGGGACAACUUUGCUAAAAAGGUGUCUGCAAACCCAGAUGUCAAAAUCAUGGUUGGCGCUCCUGCAAACAAGGGGGCCGCGAGCUCCGGAUAUAUCGAUGCUCAAACCCUCGUCAGCGUCAUCAACUGGAGUAAAACCUUCUCCAGCUUUGGCGGAGUCAUGAUGUGGGACGCCAGCCAGGCUUGGGCCAAUGGCAACUUCACUUCGGCAGUAAAGGGUGCUUUGAGUGCAGGGAACUCCCGCGUUGUUCGCAUGUCAUACGCCGGUUAUCACUCCGGAUACUGA